CUUUGUACGCCGGCUGACGUGUCUACGGAAGUGGCGGCGAAGGAGGCUCGGCUUGGCGUGUCGGCACCGGCCAGGAAACUUCAGGGUGUUCUUCCCUCUUCUUCCGUCCCUUCCCUUCGCCAUGGCUGCCCCGCGGCUCAUAUUGUCCGUUGCGCUCCUGGCGGCUUCUCCGCCCUUCCUCUCGGCCUUCUACCUGCCUGGACUGGCGCCUGUCAACUUCUGCGAGGACUCGAGCAAGUACGACUGCAAGUCUUCAAUAGAAGUGUUUGUAAAUAGACUGGACUCUGUGGAAUCAGUCCUUCCUUAUGAAUAUACUGUUUUUGAUUUUUGUCAGAUAGCAGGAGAGAAACGUCCUUCUGAAAAUCUUGGUCAGGUAUUGUUUGGUGAAAGGAUUGAGCCAUCUCCAUAUAAGUUUACAUUUAAUAAGGAAGAGAAAUGCAAGCUUGUUUGUACAAAAGAAUAUGAUCUGAAAAAUGCCAAUGACAAACAGAUGCUAGAUUUUUUGAAAAAGAGUAUGCUAUUGAAUUAUCAGCAUCAUUGGAUUAUAGACAAUAUGCCUGUAACAUGGUGUUAUGAGGUGGAAGAUAAUCAGUGGUUUUGCAAUCCUGGAUUUCCCAUUGGUUGUUAUGUAACAAAAGAUGGCCACCCCAAAGAUGCAUGUGUUAUAAGUUCAGAGUUCAAUGAACACAAUACCUUCUACAUCUUCAACCAUGUGGACAUCAAAAUAGUCUAUCAUAUUGUAGAAAAUGAAGCACCUACAGCAAGACUAGUAGCAGCUAAACUUAAACCAAAAAGUUUCAAGCACACAAAUAUUGACAAACCUGAUUGCUCAGGACCACCUAUGGAUUUAAGUAAUGACGCUACUGAUGGAAAAGUCAAAAUUGCCUACACAUACUCAGUUACUUUUGAGGAAAACAAGAAUAUCAGAUGGGCAUCCAGGUGGGAUUACAUUUUAGAAUCAAUGCCACAUACACAUAUACAAUGGUUCAGUAUUAUGAAUUCUUUGGUAAUUGUCCUUUUCCUCUCUGGAAUGGUAGCCAUGAUCAUGUUAAGAACUCUGCAUAAAGACAUUGCAAGAUAUAAUCAGAUGGACUCUACUGAAGAUGCCCAAGAGGAAUUUGGCUGGAAACUGGUUCAUGGUGACAUAUUUAGGCCUCCAAGGAAAGGAAUGCUGCUUUCUGUAUUUCUAGGCUCUGGAACACAGAUUUUAAUUAUGACUUUUGUUACUCUGUUCUUUGCUUGCUUGGGAUUUCUAUCACCUGCAAAUCGGGGGGCGUUAAUGACCUGUGCUGUUGUCUUAUGGGUGCUGCUUGGAACCCCGGCAGGUUAUGUUGCUGCUAGGUUCUACAAAUCAUUUGGAGGUGAGAAAUGGAAGACUAAUGUUCUGCUGACAGCCUUCCUUUGCCCUGGCAUUGUGUUUGCAGACUUUUUUAUCAUGAAUCUGAUUCUUUGGGGCGAAGGUUCCUCAGCAGCCAUUCCAUUUGGCACUUUGGUUGCUGUUCUGGGACUCUGGUUUUGCAUAUCAGUACCACUGACAUUCCUUGGAGCCUACUUUGGUUUUAAAAAGAAUGCCAUAGAACAUCCUGUUCGUACCAAUCAAAUUCCUCGUCAGAUUCCUGAACAGUCGUUUUAUACGAAACCAUUACCUGGCAUUGUUAUGGGAGGCAUUCUACCCUUUGGAUGUAUCUUCAUUCAACUUUUCUUCAUUCUUAAUAGCAUAUGGUCACAUCAGAUGUAUUACAUGUUUGGCUUCCUGUUUCUGGUGUUUAUUAUUCUGGUUAUCACAUGCUCAGAGGCUACUAUUCUACUUUGCUAUUUCCAUUUGUGUGCAGAGGACUACCACUGGCAGUGGCGUUCAUUUCUUACUAGUGGCUUCACUGCUGUUUAUUUUCUAAUAUAUGCAGUGCACUAUUUCUUUUCCAAACUUCAAAUUACGGGUACAGCAAGCACCAUUUUAUACUUUGGCUACACCAUGAUAAUGGUUUUGAUAUUCUUCCUUUUUACAGGAACAAUUGGAUUCUUUGCAUGUUUUUGGUUUGUGACCAAAAUAUACAGUGUGGUGAAAGUUGACUGAAGAAACUGUCAUAUAAAAUACAGAAGCUAUCAAUCUAAUUUAAAAACAAGCCCUUGGAGAAAAAAAAUUAAGCUUUAUCUGAAGUACUGAUUUAUUUACUUUGAAUGAUACUGAAUAUACAUUUUUCCCACUCAAAUAUUUGUAUUGUAACUUUGAAAUCUGUUUCCACUUGGGUGUUCUUAAUGAACUUUGAAAUUAAAUAUUGUAUGCUUUUGUAAAUAUUGCUGUUCUAGAGCUUUUAAAGUCUAAUGACAAGCUUGAAGUGAUUGCAUUACAGAAUUUAAUGAUCCUUUUAAAAAUAUGGUUGUAAAUAUUUUGUAGGCCAGGAUCUAACAUUGUGCUAACAUACUUCUGCUAAUACUACAUGACUUCCCUCCUACUGUUCUCUACAGAGCCCAAAAAUAUGUUCCAGAGAAUUUCCCAGCACUCCAGAGCAAAUUUUGAGAGUGCAUGAGUUGAAGGCAAUUGCCUGUCCCUAGUUCUUCUGAUAGAACUGCUUGAUCAGCAGAAUGACACAAUUGUGUCCUGGCCCUGAGUUUGUUGGGUGGGGUUUAACUUGUUCUCUAAUGGGGGAAAACCAAUUUUCCAUCAUGAUUUUGAAGUUUGACUGACUGUUGCUCUGAAUUUGAGUGUUUUAUAUUGGAGCUGUGGCCAUGAAUCCUUCUUCUUAUUUGUGACUUCAUUGGGUUCUCGUUGUAUUGGCCUUUUAAAAUAUGUGCCUCUUGAGUGUUGGAAUCCACAUAUUCAUAGUUUCUAAUAAACAUCGUAAUUUUUUUCAGUGGAUCAUUACACAUUAUAAAUAGAUCCAUGAAAUUCUGUAAAUAAAAAUAUAUUGAUGAGAUUUUUUAAAAAAUAUGUAGAUUAUUUUAUUUUGUUAAAAUCCAGGUUGUUCUAACAUUUUUGGUUCAUCUUUGGUGUUACAUAAAUACAACACUCAUGUAUUCUGUAAGAAUGACAUUUUAUAAUUGCACUGGUGUGUCAAUCUUAAUCAGCUAGCAUAACUAAAUUAAGAGGUUGAAUAAUAUGUUGAAUAGAUCUGCAUACAAAGGAAGAUGCACUGCCAAGUCUGUUCAGGACAGAUUUAAAUGAAACAUAUUAUGUAGAGUGGCUGAGGGCUUUGUUCUUUUGACAUACACAAGCAGACACACUGCUUGCUUUGCGUCAAAUAGAGUUAAAUUUCCUACAUAUAGAAUUAAAAUUAAUCCAUGUGCAUCUUUGAAAAUUGCAGUGGAAACAUGUUUUUAUCUUGUUCAGUUACUUGAGUGUAAUGGUUCAUCUGUUAGUAAAACCUCUCCUGCUUCAAAAGAUUCCAUCUGCUGCAGUGUAACUGCACAUUUUGGGCUGGGAAGGUACAGUUAGGUAGAAGAACUAAAGUUUUUCUAAUGUUCUUAAUAUCAUAAUUAAUGAUGCUUGAGUAUUAAAAUCCAAUAAAAUAUCUUUUGUUAAUAA